AUGGGACCAGCCUCUUGGCAGCUGACACAGGAAGGUAAUCUUUGUUUAUGACUGCUUCUCUUCUAGAUGUAUGCCUCUCUCCCAGUCAUGGAAAUAGAUUGUUAUAAUGUGAGAACUUUGCUCAAUAAUUAUAUCUGUCUCAGUCUGGCCGUUGGUAAUAAACCAUGUUUUCAUCCACAGGGUGUUUAUGUCUAGGCAGCCUUACCAGAAGAAGUCCUAGAUAUAUUUUUGUCCAACAGAAAAGUUAUUUUUAUAUUUAACCCGGCUUCAGUUAUAACCCUGAUCACCAUGCAUGGUCCGUGUAAAAACAUGGCUGACAUGUGGCAUAUGGAUGAUGGCAUGAUGUCUGCCCCAUCUCUGAUUUAUCUGUGUUUGUGUUGUGUGUAUGGACGUCAGCAGAGCCAUGAAUAGGAGUAGGUGGGCCUCCUGAAUGUUUGCGUGCUGUCACCUCUGUCCCCUCACUCCUAUGUCAUGACUAAUAUGAGCUCUCAAAAACAUAUGGCUCUCACAUGGCCUUUUGCUGUGGAGUCCAUUCAUUUUCAGUACAGGGAGGAACAUAGUAAAGAACAGUACAGUACAUCAUGUCACUAGGCCAUGUUUUUAACCCUUUACAUUCGUGGGAAUUGGCCUAUAUGGAUAGGGCUACAUGGAAAUGUUUCUUACAGAAGAAAUAUGAAAAGCGUAUGCAUAACCAUGGUAGCAAUUGUAAGGGAACAGUUUGUAGCUUAUGGGAAAAUAAUUAGACAAAAGUUGAUGACACAACAGUUCACCUGACACAAGACUGAAUCCAAAUGUUAAACUAUUGGUUUUAUGUGUAUUUUACAUUUACUGUACGUUUCGCCGCAAUCUGAAAAUACUCUGGAUACAUUCAGUAACAUAAGAAUAUUCCUGGAAAAUGUGGGGUAGGUGCAACAUAAGACAAAAAAAUGAUAAGGGUUUGAGUGAGAUGACUAACUGGUGUCACCGAGUGGCCACAGAGGCACACAUCUCUCCAAAUUGUGCACAGUUCCUAAAUAAUUUCAAUGCACUUUUAUGACUCAAAGUAGAGUCUUCAACUACAGUAUAAGGUGCUUUUCUUUUGAGCGCUCCUAGCUGUGCUACUGAGGAACUAGAGCAAGCACACUGUUUUUGUUUGGAACACAACCCUGCAUCACACAAUUACUGUUGUUGUUUACGCAAUCCAAAAACGGCCCAUUAUAAAUGUUCUAUUGCCAACAUGACUAGCUAAGUUAAAGCUAUGCUUUCACAGGGCAAUUCAGAGGAACAGAUCGUAAUUUUAGUGCGCAUAGAAAGGAGUCGUGUGCAUUCGGGUGCGUGUUCCACGUAAAAUGUUUUUCACAAUAGACAAACAGGUUCAACUUCUUGUUGCGUGUGGUGCUUAAGUUCAGAACGGCUGUCAGUCAAAACCCAUACAAAACCCAUACUGUGAAGCGCAGAGCCACAACUCUGACGUCAUUAAUAGCAUGUUACUGUACAGCCACUGUGCUCCAAUUUAGCGCUUGUCAGUGCUGAAAUCUGCCAUAUACUUCAAGCAGUAUAUAGGUGUGACAGUAAAGGGCGACACUUUUCAUAGAUGCUAAUAGGUUUUGAUGGUCAUUUCCCCUGUUUGCGACACCUGUAGCUAAUGGAUAUUCCUCUGAUUGUGAGAAUAGCAUAUUUAACAGUUGGUUCACAGGUCUCUUCUAUAAUACAUAUUUAAAUAUAAUUAAAAUGGUCUGUUUAAAGGUCCACUGGGAUGGAGGGUAGAUUAAAGUGUGUCCACUCUGAAACCUGUUGACACCAGCCAAGUUAUUUGGGCAAGCUAUGUGGUAUUUCUCCUACUCUGUCACUUCUACCCGUAUUAUCUGACGAGAGACUUAAACGCUGAAUGUUUCCUUUUCAUUUCUCUGUUGUUUUUAAAACUAUUCACUGUCAAAGAGUGUUUCAUGUUUGGAUCUUGCGCAUCUUAGCAACCAAAGAGGUCACAGAUAUCUCAAGCCAGCAUUGCAGCAGGACAGUGGAGCUUUAACCUAUUUUCUUUUGUUCUUUUUUUCUAGGCUCAACUGAGCUGUAUAGGCCGAUACACACUAUAAACUCACACUGUAAAGUAUUUUACCAUGUCUGAAGCAUGUGUAUGUACAGUAACAGACAGGUUGUAUUAACCCAUUGUGCUCCCUCCUCAGCCCAUGCUUGUAUGUAAAAAGUAUACUAACCCUCUUCUCCUCCUUCUCUUUCCCAGCCCACGACUGCUCUGAAUCGGUGCAGGUCACGCUGUGCUCGGCGCGGCCGGGCGGCUCCGUGGAUCCCGUGGCUGAAGAGCGCUUCCAGUUCGUCCAGGACCUGGCCUUCGACAUGGCCCAGUUCCUGGUGAGCGCUGCGGGGCAGGCCGACGGUCUGGAGGGGGCACUGCUGCUGGACGAGUGCCAGAUCCCUCUGCAGGAGUGUGAGCGGCUGGACGACAGCCUCUCCCUGGCCCUUAGACACCUGGUCCUGCCCCAGGGGUGGAGCGUCCUGGGUACCAACGUGGGCACACCACCAGGUAAGUUUGGGCGUCACUAUGCACCUAUUUUUGAAUGCUUCUCACGGUAUGGUCUGCUUUAUUCCCUCUUAAUGUGCCUGUAGAUUUCAUACAGUAUGUGCUGCUGUGUUCGGUUCACGCCUCAGUAAGGUAAUUAAGUAGACUGAGGAACAUUUUGUUCCUUCCUCCCUGAGCUGAGAGAUGAUUUGGCCGGGGUCCCGUUCUGCUGAAUGAGUAGUGGAGCGCGCCCACCAGGUGGUUCACUAAUGAUACUCCAGCUCUGCCUCCCGGGCAUUAACAUCUGCUCCAGCCACUCACGGCCUCCGGAGAAAGAGCCGGUCGUGCUAACGACCAAUCAGAGGUCACUUUGUUGCCUUGUGUUUUUUUGGGGGGCUCUGACAUUUCAAUCUGACUGCAGUGAUUCUGUUAAUUGGCACACAGGGACAGGGACAGUGAGAGGAGUGAGAGUCUGACCGGAGAGGUCUGCCCUAGUGAGGCGAGGAAGGGCUCUAUCUGAGAGAGGGAGGUUGCCAUCAUGCCCCUGGGAUAGCUCCAAUCCUCCACUCCUGAUGUUCUUGGCUCGGCUCUCCGGCUGAGUUUAGAUCCACUUUAUUUCCUCCUCUGUGUUUCUGUUUUCUGCUCCUAUUGGGUCGUCAUAAUAAGUCAGGAACGCAAUGUCAGAUAUGCUAAAAACAAACAUUCCCACCCAAUGAAGAAGUGGGCAGUAACCCACAGUGUUUAUAUGGCCUAUUAACCAGAGCCUGGGACUUGUACUGGAGCUCAAAGGGGAUUGUUGGGAUAAAUGUCGGGGCUCUGGUCACAGCUGACUGAUGCUUGUUUCAUUUGGAGCCUGUACGCCUGCUCUUGUCAGUAGAGUGUUAGUGUGCUCUCUCCUUUCUUUCUCUCUCUCUCUCACUCUCUCUCUCUCUCUCGCUCUCUCGCUCUCUCUCUCGCUCUCGCUCUCUCUGUACCAGGAAUUAAAGACUGUAUGAAUUAAGUUUGCAGGAGAGGUCAUGAACCCACUUGAGGCAGACCAGACAGACAGGCAGCCCAUUCAGCCACUUGUAAGAUCGGUUGGAAGUUAUGCCCCUAUAGAGCCAUAUAAUAGUACAGGACCCAUAUGUCAUCAUAAAAACUAUAGGCUCCUGCUGGUAAUUUGGAAUACCAAAUUGAAGAAAACAGAUUUGAACAAGACAUUUCUGUUUUUCUUGAAGCAUUGUUUUCACUAGACCUUUCUUUAUACCACCGCUUAGCAAUUAUAAUCCAUCAUCUAUAGUUGAUUAAGAAUGUAAAUUCCAGGCUGAUUUGAUAGUUACAGCAAUACUAAAUAAGGUCAUAUGAAGGACUGUUCAGUCCUUUUUGCCUCAGGUCCCCUUUGAGUAGUCUGUUGUUGAAACAUAUGGUCUCAUUCCAACUCACAGAAAUCUAUAGCCUGCAUGCUUUUUAUGCAUUUCUGUAUCUAGGCGUCUACUGUCUUUGUAUUUUGCUUUGACUGAUGACAGAUUGUCAUACUAACAGAACGUGUUUAGCGCUUUAAUGUUAGUUACACAUCGUGCAUUCUGUCAGAAUGUGGAGGAUGGAGGCCAUGCUGUGCCACUGACGGCUGUUAUGGCGAGCAGAUGUCCUGUUGUGUUGUUACCAUGUGCCUCUGUCAGGGAUAGAUAAGAGGAGCACAAAAACGCUGAGAGCUUAAAGACUGAGAGUGCCCCUCCCCCAGCCUUUUUUUUUUAUCCUAUCAGCCUCUCAAAGGACUACUUUAUCUUGCCCUCUCAGUGAAAGAUAUAUCCUAUUAAACCUUUUGGGAUCUGUAGUAUCUGAAUGACGUCUGUCCUUUUUGCUCAGGGAUUGAGCUUGUAAGAGCUCAGUGAUUUGGCAGAGACAUCUGCACAGCAACAAUGUACAGAACUAGCCAACAAUGUACAGAACUAGCCAACAAUGUACAGAACUAGCCAACAAUGUACAGAACUAGCCAACAAUGUACAGAACUAGCCAACAAUGUACAGAACUAGCCAACAAUGUACAGAACUAGCCAACAAUGUACAGAACUAGCCAACAAUGUACAGAACUAGCCAACAAUGUACAGAACUAGCCAACAAUGUACAGAACUAGCCAACAAUGUACAGAACUAGCCAACAAUGUACAGAACUAGCCAACAAUGUACAGAACUAGCCAACAAUGUAUGGUGAGCUAGAAACACCUGUCAGAUUGACUAGUUUAUAUCCUUCAAUUGGUUCUGGGCCUGGCACUCAGAUGAAAGCACUGCAGUCCUUUAUGAGGUCGGACAGGUGACUCUGCCUAUUUCCCCUGUGCCUCGCAUCUCCUCCGGUUCCACUGUUACCUUCCCUGAUAAUAUUCAUGAUUCCAAAACUCCCUGAUGUUUAAAAAAAAAUUGGAAAAAAAAGGGGGGGGGACGGAAGGUUCGUUUAGAAUAGAUUAUCCUGCAGCCAGGUUAGGAAAAAUUAAAUUCCUCUCCCCAAGCUGCCGGUUGAGUGGGCCAGCUGUGUAAUGCCUUCUCCAGCCCUGGCAUUUCCUGAAGCUGGUCCCGGGUACCUGGCCGACGGGCGUGAGCCCUGGAACUAGUGGGCCUUAGGUCCAGAGGCUCUCUCUCUCUACUGGCUCUGCUGGCACUGCCCGGCCCCAGCACCCGGCCCCAGCCAACAACUCAUUCUGGUUGAAAUAAAGCACAGAGGGCCAUUAUUAUCAUGAAAAAUGCAGUAAAACUCCUAAAAGCAUAUUUUAUCCCUUGUCACAUGGGCUGCCAACGCUCUAAGUGCCAACAGAGGAUCUGCUAGCAUUCCAUCGCGUCGCGCAGCAGUUAUGCUGAGGGUUUGUGGGAGAGAAGCAGCCAUGAGAAUCCAGCGCUGGUGGAAAAUCUGAUUUGUUAGGGUCUCUCCCUACUCCUGUAAGUGGUUGUUGGAGUGAAUGCGCUGAGUCCUACCAUAGAAUGGGGCUCACAUAGAGGAAAUGGCGGUCCAUGCUCAUAUUGUCUCCGUGUUUCUACAAAUCAGAUGCACUAAACUGAGUCUAGUAGAGGUCAGCAUUGGAUAGUUUCCCAUUAAUGUUACAGACCAGCUAACCUGCCAUUGUAUGUACGUUUGUAUUGUAUUGAGUAUGUCUGUCAGUGUGAUACAAUAGAGUAUGUGUUUCUUGUUUUAGUUCCUUUUUCUCUGACAGCAUUUCACAGGAAAAUGAGACAAUAACACAUUCUACUCUUGUCUGCUCUGGUGUGCAGCAGUCAUUCAAAUAUCUGCUUCAAACAUAGACUUCUGGUGUCAGACCUGGUGCAAACUGUGUUAAAUUAGCACCCUCAGCCCCGCUACGACCUAAUCCCCAUCUCCUCAAUACCGGAUGACGUUUCUAGUAGGACUCCUUUUUGUGCAACACCUCUUUCUGUGGGGGCUCCAAAUUGGUUUGUUGAAUUACCAGUGGGCUGUUGAAACCAGGGCAGUCUCUUUCCCAGCCUCUCAUUAACCACAGUAGAACAAUCCUCCCACUGUGUGUCCUCAUACUGCUGCGAUGGUAAUGGCGACCGCCCGGCCCGGUCGACAAGGCUCUCUACUCUCAGAAUAGAGCCUUCUGUAACAUUGCAGAUAAUCUCCUGAUACAGCAUUGAGAGUAGUGGGGAGUUGGGAGAAAGUCUCCAUAAGACUUUAUUACCCUCACUGAAAUGAGACUGUAGCUGUGUGGUUUGUAAUUAAAGACACACCUCCAUGUCAGGCCUUCCUGGUGGUUCACUGUGUAUUGAAGCAGAGGAUCAGCAGUCUGACCAGUAGGAGGAGUGAGAGGGAAAUAGGGGGCGGGGUUAUUAGACACAUGACUCAGACAGGACGGUGGGUCACACAGGUUAGGAGGGCGGGACUCUUCAGGCUUAUAGCAAAGGUGGGAGGGGUUAGGGAGAGUGGAGAGAGGGAAGCACCCGUGCAUGCCUGCAAAUGCACUUAGGGAUUUACAUAUGAACAUUCUGUACUGUAAAACAGGUUACUGAUCACACAGUAACAGAGUAAACAUGUCGGCUAUUAAGCAGAAGUUGAAUUGUUGUUGGAUGCCUGCUGGCAGGAGAUCGUUGCUUGUGUGUUGUGUUCUAGUUAGAGGACUGUAACUGUUGACCGUCGCUGAGCCCAGUGUAAAUCUCCCUCCCUGUCUGUCGUGUCCAGCUGAGCCUGGUCCACACGAGACCCUCCUGCACUUUGCGGCUCGGCGCGGGCUGCGGAAGGUGGCCUUGUUCCUGCUCCAGCAGCCAGGAGGCAGAGAGGCUCUCAGACUGCCCAAUAAGCAGGGAUCUACACCAGUCAGCGUGGCAGAGAAGAGGGGCCACGACCAGCUACAUCAGCUCUUCACUGAGUAAGUACUCAACUGGAUCACAUACUACAGUCGUGGUCAAAAGUUUUGAGAAUGACACAAGUAUUGGUCUUCACAAAGUUCGCAGCUUCAGUGUUAUGAGAUAUUUUUGUCAGAUGCUACUAUGGUAUACUGAAGUAUAAUUACAAGCAUUCCAUAAGUGUCAAAGGCUUUUAUUGACAAUUACAUUAAGUUUAUGCAAAGAGUCAAUAUUUGCAGUGUUGACCCUUCUUUUUCAAGACCUCUGCAAUCCGCCCUGGCAUGCUGUCAAUUAACUUCUGGGCCACAUCCUGACUGAUGGCAGCCCAUUCUUGCAUAAUCAAUGCUUGGAGUUUGUCAGAAUUUGUGGGUUUUUGUUUGUCCACCCGCCUCUUGAGGAUUGACCACAAGUUCUCAAUGGGAUUAAGGUCUGGGGAGUUUCCUGACCAUCAUCCAAAAUGUCAAUGUUUUGUUCCCCGAGCUUACUUAGUUAUCACUUUUGCCUUAUGGCAAGGUGCUCCAUCAUGCUGGAAAAGGCAUUGUACGUCACCAAACUGUUCUUGGAUGGUUGGGAGAAGUUGCUCUUGGAGGAUGUGUUGGUACCAUUCUUUAUUCAUGGCUGUGUUCUUAGGCAAAAUUGUGAGUGAGCCCACUCCCUUGGCUGAGAAGCAACCCCACACAUGAAUGGUCUCAGGAUGCUUUACUGUUGGCAUGACACAGGACUGAUGGUAGCGCUCACCUUGUCUUCUCCGUACAAGCUUUUUUCCGGAUGCCCCAAACAAUCGGAAAGGGGAUUCAUCAGAGAAAAUGACUUUACCCCAGCCCUCAGCAGUCCAAUCCCUGUACCUUUUUCAGAAUAUCAGUCUGUCCCUGAUGUUUUUCCUAGAGAGAAGUGGCUUCUUUGCUGCCCUUCUUGACACCAGGCCAUCCUCCAAAAGUAUUCGCCUCACAGCAGGCAGAUGCACUCACACCUGCCUGCUGCCAUUCCUGAGCAAGCUCUGCACUGGUGGUGCCCCGAUCCCGCAGCUGAAUCAACUUUAGGAGACGGUCCUGGCGCUUGCUGGACUUUCUUGGGCGCCCUGACGCCUUCUUCACAACAAUUUAAUCUCUCUCCUUGAAGUUCUUGAUGAUCCGAUAAAUGGUUGGUUAAGGUGCAAUCUUGCUAGCAGCAAUAUCCUUGCCUGUGAAGCCUUUUUUGUGCAAAGCAAUGAUGACGGCAUGUGUUUCCUUGCAGGUUACUAUGGUUAUCAGAGGAAGAACAAUGAUUUCAAGCACCACCCUCCUUUUAAAGCUUCCAGUCUGUUAUUCUAACUCAGUCAGCAUGACAGAGUGAUCUCCAGCCUUGUCCUCGUCAACACUCUCACCUGUGUUAACGAGAGAAUCACUGACAUGAUGGCAGCUGGUCCUUUUGUGGCAGGGCUGAAAUGCAGUGGAAAUAUUUUUGGGGGAUUAAGUUCAUUUUCAUGGCAAAGAGGGACUUUGCAAUUAAUUGCAAUUCAUCUAAUCACUCUUCAUGACAUUCUGGAUUAUAUGCAAAUUGCCAUCAUCAAAACUGAGGCAGCAGACUUUGUGAAAAUUAGGAUUUGUGUCAUUCUCAAAACUUUUGACCACGACUGUACAUACUGCACACAGGGCCUAAAUAUGAAUAACCUUUACUACAGUAGUAAUAACCUUCAGAUACAUGAUUAUUAUGUUUAUAUAGGAGUAAGCUAGCUAGCCAGCCGUUUCUACCAUCUCUGGGACGUGUUAAGAAAAGCAGAACUUGUUAAAGAAACAGUGUCUAAAUAAUAUAUUCUGCUGUUUUCAGAGUCUUAUCUGUGAAUGAAAUGCACAACACUCUCCACAGCAUUUAUUUGCUGUCAACAUCGUCACAUCUUUAGGUAGCUCUUCAUCACCCUUUUUUUAACACGUACCCUUGCAUUCCUACAGAGGAAUAGGCAAGAAUUUCUAGCUAGCUCAUUAGGAUUUGGAAUCCAAACCAACGAGAGGUGUCUUUAUGUAACCAUAGGAAUGGGAACAGCUCUGGUUAGUUAGGAGCUAGGGAUGUUGAAAUGUGUUUGGAGUGUUAGGGGAACACAGAGACAGACCAAGGACAAACUCAGCAGCUUCGCUCUGGUCUGCUGCUGUCAUCACAGAAAUCAGAGUCCAAUGUUAUAUGCACUUUGUUAAGUACGUAAAGUCAGACCAGUAUGGGGUCGUAUUUGUGGGACAAAAUCACAAAAUGUACCUACCUGGUGCCUCAUGAUGACAUCAAUUUGAGUUUUUUAUAUUUGUACUGUUUUAGAAUUAGGAGGGGAUGUUAACGUGCUAGAUGACAGAUCGCAUACUAGAUUUUGGUUUCAAAACUAGACCAAUGUUAACUCAGCAGUCCCACUUGUAGGUUACAUCCCCCAAACACAGAUGACAGUUUUACCACUGAAAAAGUCAUAGUGCGAAUGUUGGGAAACAGUGGUUUCACUGACCUACUAGACAAACUGCAUUUAGAGUUUAUCUAGUAGAGAUAAUUUGCUCCCAGCCACAACCUCCACCACCAGCACUUCACCAAACCAGUUUGCUUACCUGUUCCAUCAGUGUCGUCAGUGACACAGUGGUGAUCUGGUCUCCAGCUGAGCGCAUACGAGUGACCUCAUUACAGAGUUCACCAGAGGUCACUUAUCUCUCUCUAUGACAUUGAGGUUCAGAUGUCACCCAGUCCCAGACAGGGACAUGCUAUCCUGGACCUGCGUGGACCAGUAGUGACCGGGUCACAGAGACACUCUCAGGCCCCAACACUGCAUGGUGUUUCUUAGUCUGCGUCACACAGACUGCUUUGCUGUCCCCUGGGUCACCGGAUCCCGGGUCUAUGUCGGCCCAGGUUUGGUGGAGGUGGUGAAACCUGAUCACCGUACCGUAGGAGAGAGAGAGAACAGAUCUGGUGGGAGCCUCUCAGAGUCACUGUGUAUGUUACAGAGGAGAACAAAGCAACUGUUUUUACUAUAUCUAUCCUUACCUACUCUUCCUGCACUUCCUCAUCUGAAUGUAACUGUUACAGCAGUCACAUAGACACCAACCCAUGUUCAUCUCUCUGAUGUUGUUUGGUGUAGUUGGGGAGGCUGUUGUUUGGUGUAGUUUCGGGAGUGCUGUGGAAAGAGUCCUGAAAUUAGUUAAGCUGGGAGUGGAGAGAUUGAGUCACCUGGCUUCUGACGUUAAAUGCUCUGGGACAGGAUUAGUUCAGUUCAGGGAGAGCCUGCUGUUAUUUGGCACAGGAGAACAGUUAGGUGUCAUGGCUGAAUCCCAACAGCAUAGUUGUGUACAUUCCACCCGAUGGCUGUAGGAAUAAGUUGGUUAGGUCAUAUAUCAUUAAUAAAGGAACAAAAGCCCCAACAUUUAUAGUAUAGUUAUCUUCAUGGCCACUGUGUGUUGUUAAAAGCGCUCCCCUGGCUGCUGAGAUAGAGGCUGGGUCCUGGGUGCAUUCAGGUUCCCAACUCAGGUCCCACAACGUGGCUCUGUUCUGUUCUUCCACUGCGCCACGUCCUGCCUUUCAUUCCCCAGUGAAUGAUGUUAGGGGGUUGCCAUGGAUACCCAUUCAGCCCUGUGCUGGCACUGAGCGCCAAGAGGCAGGUGAGAACAUCCCCUGAUCUCAUCGCUCCUGCAGAACAGGAUUCAAAUACUAUUUGAAAUAUUUAGGUUUUUGCUCUAGCCUGCCUGGAGUGGCAUAUGGGGCAGGGUUUGCAGUUUUGGGACUAUUCUAUUGGUCCAUUAAGCCAGGCAAGCUCAAUCAAACACGGAAAAAGUAUUGGAAAUGAUUUCAAAUAGUAUUUGAACCUAGGGCUGCACUCCUGUCGCAGGGGCUGCAUGGGGCUAGAGGAGGAUGAUCUUACUCAUCCCAUCCAUUUACUGAAUGACUCCCUCCUGCCCUUUGUUUCCAAAGCCCUGUUUCGAUCAUAUUGUUUUGGUUUUGUGUCUCGCUCACCGGAGUUUACCAGUGGUGACAUCAUCACCCCUGAGUCGAUUAGAGUCAGUUCUAGUCAUUGUGAGAGAGUAGAACAGAUUACUCAAACCAGGCAGAGAGAGACCCACACCCAGAGCCAGCGCGACAGGACAAUACACGACUAAAAUCCCUCCUAGGAUUUAGCCAUUACAAGAGGCAUUUAGAAUAGAACCAUGCAGGAAACGUAAUUUUAGCAUGGCCAUGUUUGUUCUCUUUUCUUCGUUUUCUGUUCUUCUUUGUUACUUGUUACUUGUAACUGGUUUCAUGUGGAGGAGAUUAGAAAGGGAGAAGUGGUGUUUACUUUUUCAAUUCCACUGAUAUCAUAGAAUAAUUAAUUAAAACCAGUUAUCUGAUUGAGAUAGAAGUAGCAAUGAAGCUGACCAGUUUGGUGGUGAGGUUGGCGGUGGAAAGGUGAAAGGUUUGUCUCCAGUGCCUACCCUGGGAAUUAACCUGUGGGUCACACUAGCUGAUAUAUUAUGGGCGUAGGUAGUGCUCAAUGCUGAGUCAGUGCUGAGUGCUUUGGCUUCCUCCGCUCUGAUAAGGUAUGUUCUGUUUGUGUUGAGCAGGGUUGAGACCUCGCCGGAGACCCGGAUAAAGGCAGAGGAGAGGCAGUGUUACCCAGGAGGCCGAGCGCUGCAGCACCACCCCAGACUGAACACCUACACCCUGACGGUGGACACGGUGCCAGGGAAACCUCCGCCCAGCCUGCAGGGAGAGGUGGAGAAGAUACGGAAACUCAUCCGCUCACACAGAGACAACAAGGUGAGCUAUAGAACUCGGCAUUUAACUCUGUCUGCUUUCAACUCUGUCUGCUGUCUCAUUUUGUUGCUUUAAACCAUGACUUACUUGCCGUAUUCCUUACAGCUCCUAGUGCAGCAAAGAGCUCAUACAGUAAGUCAUCUCAAAACCCAGAAUCAAAUAUCCUGGCCUAUUGUAAGUUACCUGUGGGUUUUGUUUGCUCUGAAAGUUUUGUGCACGUCUUAUCUCGACUAGAAGUGAACAUCUGUCUGUGUAAUGUGUGAUAUAUUAUGUGUGUAAUUGAUGUUUAAUUUAUGGGACAAUAAUGAACACUGCAUUUCUGUUUGUAUUGUAGGGAGAUCAUGUGUUCCAGCAGCAGUCACCAGACGAACUAAACACUACAGCAGCAUCCAGUGACAUCAGCAACACAUCAGCGCACACAGCUUUACACCCCCAACACAGCCAUGGCCACCUCGCGGGAGGGGCGUUACCUUGUCCAAACGGCCAGCCAGAGGAAGGGGAGGCGGGCCCUGCUCAGGCAGCAGUAAAGGACUCUGUGAAGGCGCCAGAUAAAAGAAGUGAAGCUGCAGUACAGCGGCGGAAGAGGGAGGGCGAGACACCAGCUUUCAGCGUACCUUCCUGUGGAAACCAGCAGGAGGAAGCUGAUAGAGAGAGGACAGGCGUAACCACUGCCAGGCAGAGCAGCAAGGCAGGGCGCCGUAAAAGGAACAAGGAAGAGAGAGAGAAGAGGAGAGCAGAGACUGAGACGGGCGAUAAGGCUGCUGCUUCUCCGACGACGGUUACGCCAGCCAUGGGCCACGCACAGUCCCAGGAACACCCGGAACACACGGAACACACGGAAGCCAAGCAUUGGCCCCUGAAGACUGGGGAGGGGAGUACAGGCAACAGCAGUAGCAGCUGUGGGGACACGAGGGCUCAGAAGACUAUGGAAGGGCAGGGGGAGCCUGACAACAUCGAGGAGAUGGAUUCUAGAGCAGCCUGGGCUCAGAUAGUGGCUGGGGCUCCUUUGGAGAAUGGACAGCACGACGGACAUAGCGGCGGCGAGGUGGAGGUGGAGUACGCGGAGGCCGCCUCUGAAUGUACUCUGCAGACAAUGACAGGAGCUGUGAGAUGCCAUCAGACACAGGCACAGGCUGCACAGUCAGAAGACGCCGUACAAAGACAGGAAAUCACCACAGCAGUGACACGUUAUUCUGAGAAGCACGAGUGGGCCAAUAACAGCAGCCAGAUCCGGCGGUCUGAGACUGAGAGAGGUGGUGAUUGUGGCGGAAAGAGUGAGGAAGGAAACCCCAGCCAACAGACCAAUGGUAGCACUGAGUCAGCCAGAAGCAGAAGUGGAGAGACUGACACAAACAGCAUGAAGCAGAGCCCCAGUAUGGCGGAGGGAGAAAGCGAGAGCAGCCGUUCACACGGACCCAGUAGCGUUACAGCACCAGAGCCCAGUGAGCAGGUCCUGGAUCAGCCAGCGGAGGGCACAGUGGAGGUAGUGGUACCCCCACCACAGAAUAAUCAGGACGGCGCCCACAGCCAGGGCCACGAGGCUGGGCAGGAAUGUGAGGAACAGGCGUCCACUGAGGAUGGAGAGAGAUCGAGCAUAGAGAAGUGGACCAUGGGGCCACAGCACUCUGAUGAUGUCACAGACCACACACCCUCUCGUCAGGAGGGAGAACUCGUUCAGUUGGAUAGUUGCUCCGCGGACAAACUGUCUGAAGAGGGGACAGUCACAGGAGAGGAGACCCCUAUAAAGAAGAAGGUGUCUGUACAGUGGGCAUCAUUAGAAGAGGUAGACUCUCUGCCGUGUAGGGAGGAGAUAGCAGCCACAGCUGUAGCAGUGGUGGCCAUAGCAGUAGCAGCUGCUGUAGCAAACAUAGAACAAUGCAACUCCAACUCAAUGCUGGAGGCAAGCCAGUUACAGGAGGCUGUUGACGGCGAGAGUGAGCAUCAGACUGGACCCAAAGACACUGCACAAAGGUCAGGGGUCACUGUGUCUGAGGCCACUGAGACGCUUACCUCAGACGGGGAUCCUACUGUCUCACCUUGUGAGGGGGAUGUGAUGGACAAGAACCCCUCAAAGGGAGAGGAUGAGCCUCAUCUUUUACAAGGAGAGGAGAGCAGUGACCUGUCCAAAGCCAGACCUGGGAAUGAAAAUGAAGUGGAGGCCAGACAAGCAGGCCUGAGUCUGACCAAGGGAGAGAGUGUAGCAGUCAGCAGAGAGUGUGGAGACUCCCACCCUCAGAUAGACAUGUUGUUACAUGACGAAAGGGCUGUGGACAGACAGAGUGAUGAGGUCAUCACAUCCUCCUCCACUAUCUCCCCAGAGAGAUCCUCAGAGCUGACACAUCAGGAGGCUAUUCCAGAGAGCCCGGCCACACCUGUACAUUUACAUACGGCCAGUGACUCGGACAGUGGUACGGCCCAGAGUUCGGAGCUGACUUCCCCCUCUGAGCUAGACAGUGGAACAGGCCUCGGUGAGGAGAAGCACAGCUCCUCAGUGAAAGUAGACAGUGGAUUGUCCUUGGGCCUGCUGUCCUCAGACACGCUGGCCAGUCUGGAUGGAGUGAGUGAGAGAACGCUGGAUACUAAAGUGGAGAGUUCUGAAGCUUUAAGACCACUUGACAAGUCUGUGAAAGGUAAGGCCACACAAUGAUAAAACAAUGGUAACUGCUAAUGGCCCUUUUAUAUCUUGAUGUUGCUAUGCUAUUGCUUUGCUUACUUACCUAUGGAUUAAUUAAUCUAGAUGAAUAAGAAGAAACCAUUUAAUUGAAACAUUUCAAUCAAGUAAGCAUUUCACAGGAAGGUCUAUACCUGUUGUAUUCGGCGCAUGUGACAAAUACAAUUUGAUUCAAUUUGAUGACUAGUUAGUAGAGCUGGGACGAUAAAUGGAAAAUGACUGACACCAACAUUGCCUUCCUCUUAUCAAAGCAUUUUGCUACACAACGUUCGUGUAGAUUGUGCUAAAACCAUGAUAUGGUAACAGUAGUAGCCUAUGCAUAAUGUUGAUUCUUGCUAUGAAAGUAUCUGCCUGUCCCUGUUUAGCUGUCGGCUGCUGUGUGAGUGAACCACUCUCAGCGCACGGAGGAGGGAGAAGCACAAGCAUAUGACCAAUGCUCAAAAUGGAAUUGCGGGGAAAAGACCGUUUUCAAAGCAACUACUGUUGUUCUAGUUUUUUUCCCCACAAGGAAAUUGGGUAGGGGAUUGUGGAUCUGUCUCCGUCUGUUAGUAUGUUAGCAUGUUUGUACGUUAGUCACACACGACAUGUCAGACAACACUGGUCCGAUUUUGAUGAAACUUAGGUGAAUGAUGCGUCGUGCCAUAGAGAUCCGGCAUUUACAAAAUUACACUGAUUGGCCCAAGGGGGGCGCUGCAUCAUUCAUGGGGGACGACAUGUUUACUGUGGUUGAUUGAUCAUUAUCGCCAAAGAAUUGUCCAUUUAUCGCAAUAUGGAUCUUUUUCCAUAUCGUCCAGCUGCACUAGUUAGUACAAGGUCAAAUUCAAAUUCAAGUAGAUUUGGGUCAUGAGGAAAACCUGAAGCUCGCUUUUCAUGUACAUGAACCCUCUACUAUAUAUCCUCUACUUUAUGUCUCUGCCUAGCCCAGCUGCUAAAUUCAAGCCUGGUGUGCAUUUUUUGCAUCUUUCUAAAAUGCACCGCCUGCUCUGAGUGUGAGCACACUGUCGUAUGACUCUGAGCAUGUGACCAUUAGUUCAGCCUGAGCUACCGCUGCUAAAAAGGGAGAGGCUGUCAUUUGUCAUGGCAUUCUAUGGAGGUUGAACCACAGAAUAUUUACCUCAAGCGAGACCCCAAAACAGAAAGUAGAUUAUAUUAAAAUGUAACUUUUACCACAUAUUGUCAGCUACAGCAUGUAAAUUAGAGAAGUUUGAUUUUCAGGAGAAACAUUAUAUGAGACUCUGGCUAGGCUUGGUCAGUAUCCAGAUUGUCAUACCUUCAUUACAUCCAAGAUGGCGUAGCAGUGCGGUCGUGUUCUUUGUUGUGUGUCGGUGUAAAUAGCCAGUUUUUUGUAUUUUUUUGUAUUUUUCGUACAUAUUUCCCUAUCACACUUUUCAUCCUUCUACUAAAUAUACUUUCCUGCAACCCGCCUCACUCAAUGUGGAACGGAUUCUAUUAUUUACUCACCUUUAUCUAGAAUCUCCAGUUGAAACUAGCUAGCCAGCUAACUAGCUACUUGCUUUUAGCCACCGUUAGCGGUUUUCACCCAGAACAUCGUAUUUUCUGCCGGAAUAACUUAAUCACUGGACCCUAACACCGGAUCGCAACUAGCUAGCCGCAACCGAAUGGAUGUUGCUGUAGGCUAAUCACCACUGCCCCCGAAGCAAGCACCAGUUAGCCUUGAGCCAGGCCCAUAUCCCGGCUAUCUACCUCUUUGUCUACCGGACGGGAGUAGCCAGCUAACUAGCUACUUGCUAUUAGCCACCGUUAGCGGUUUUUCACCAUUGUCCGUGGCCUCCACUACCUACCAGCCAGCUCUAGCCUGGACUAUUAUCGGCCAGUCUGCACUGUCUGCACAGCGCGUUAUCGACCCAGAACAUAUCGGAUUUUCUGCCGGAAUCACUAAAUCACUGGACCUUUAACACCUGAUCAUCGCAACUAGCUAGCUGCAACCAAAUGGAUGUUGUUGAUGGCUAAUCAGCCUUGAGCUAGCCUCGAGUCAGGCAUAUCUCCCGGCUAUCUACCUCUCUGUCAACCGGACGGGACCUCCUAGAGUCAACACGGAGCCCCGCCGAUCCAUCACGACUGGUCUGCCGACGUAAUCGUCUGUGGUUUCAACAGGCUUCCUGUUGCGACCAUCACGAAGAUCCAUCUGCUAGCCCCGGCCCGCUAGCACACGCAAACAACAGCCGUGCUUCCUGCUCGCUGUGCUUUAGCACUAAUUCGAACUGCUCUCGGACUCACAUAUUGCUGUUCACUGGACCUUAUGAUCACUCAGCUGCACAGCUGAUGCCUGCUGGACUGUUCCUUUACACGGUACCCUGUCCUGUUUAUCUGUUUAGCCUCAGCCCAAACUUUCAUCGCCAUUACCAGUUGUUGUCUUAGCUCUCUCUAAUAACACCUGUGAUUGCUUUAUUCCUCUCUCCCAUGUCAAUAUGCCUUGCCUAUUGCUGUUCCAGUUAGUUCUUAUUAUACAAUUUCAAUAUAGAACCCCAAGUCAUUCUCAAACUGCCUCAAAUAGCUCCUUUGUUCCACCCCCCAUACACGCCGAGACCGGCUCAAUCGGUGCCUCCAGUGAUGCUAUCUCUUUCAUUGUUACCCAACGCUUAGGUUUACCUCCACUGUACUCAUAUCCUUCCAUAUCCUUGUCUGUACAUAAUGCCCUGAAUCUAUUCUACAACGCCCGGAAAUCUGCCCCCUUUAUUCUCUGUACCCAACGCACUAGAAGACCAGUUCUUAAUGCCUUUAGCCGUAUCCUUAUUCUAGUCCUCCUCUGUUCCUCUGGUGAUGUAGAGGCUAACCCAGGCCCUGCAGCCCCCAGUAUCACUCCUACUCCCCAGGAGUUAUCAUUUGUUGACUUCUGUAACUGUAAAAGCCUUGGUUUUCUGCACGUUAACAUCAGAAGCCUCCUUCCUAAGUUUGAGUUAUUCACUGCGUUAGCACACUCCGCCAACCCUGAUGUUCUAGCAGUGUCUGAAUCCUGGCUUAGGAAGGCCACCAAAAAUUCAGAAAUGUCCAUCCCCAACUACAACAUUUUCCAUCUAGAUAGAACUGCCAAAGGGGGUGGAGUUAGCCUGCAGAGCUCUAUCAUACUAUCCAGGUCUGUGCCCAAACAGUUUGAGCUCCUACUUCUAAAAAUCCACCUUUCCAGAAAUCAGUCUCUCACAGUUGCCGCUUCCUACAGACCCCCCUCAGCCCCCAGCUGUGCCCUGGACACCAUAUGUGAAUUGAUUGCCCCCCAUCUAUCCUCAGAGUUCGUACUGCUUGGUGACCUAAACUGGGAUAUGCUUAAAACCCUGGCCAUCCUACAAUCCAAACUAGAUGCCCUCAAUCUCACACAAAUUAUCAAGGAACCUACCAGGUACAACCCUAAAUCCGUAAACAUGGGCACCCUCAUAGAUAUCAUCCUGACUAACUUACCCUCUAAAUACACCUCCGCUGUCUUCAACCAGGAUCUCAGCGAUCACUGUCUUAUUGCCUGCGUCCGUAACGGGUCCGCGGUCAAACGAACACCCCUCAACACUGUCAAACGCUCCCUAAAACACUUUAGCGAGCAGGCCUUCCUAAUUGACCUGGCCCAGGUAUCCUGGAUGGAUAUCGAUCUCAUUCCGUCAGUAGAGGAUGCCUGGUUGUUCUUUAAAAGUGCUUUCCUCUCAAUCUUAAAUAAGCAUGCCCCAUUCAAAAAAUUCAGAACUAAGAACAGAUAUAGCCCCUGGUUCUCCUCAGACUUGACUGCCCUUGACCAGCACAAAAACAUCCUGUGGCUUACUGCAUUAGCAUCAAAUAGCCCCUGCGAUAUGUAACUUUUCAGUGAAGUUAGGAACCAAUAUACACAAGCAGUUAGGAAAGCAAAGGCUAGCUUUUUCAAACAGAAAUUUGCAUCCUGUAGCACUAACUCCAAAAAGUUUUGGGACACUGUAAAGUCCAUGGAGAAUAAGAGCACCUCCUCCCAGCUGCCCACUGCACUAAGGCUAGGAAACACUAUCACCACCGAUAAAUCUACAAUAAUCGAGAAUUUCAACAAGCAUUUUGCUACGGCUGGCCAUGCUUUCCACCUGGCUACCACUACCCCGGCCACCAGCUCUGCACCCUCCGCUGCAACUUGCCCAUGCCCCCAAAUUCAGACAGCUGAUGUUCUGAAAGAGCUGAAAAAUCUGGACCCCUACAAAUCAUCUGGGCUAGACAAUCUGGACCCUUUCUUUCUAAAAAUAGCCGCCGAAAUUGUCGCAACCCCUAUUACUAGCCUGUUCAACCUCUCUUUCGUAACGUCUGAGAUCCCCAGAGAUUGGAAAGCUGCCGCGGUCAUCCCCCUCUUCAAAGGGGGUGACACUCUAGAUCCAAACUGUUACAGACCUAUAUCCAUCCUGCACUGCCUUUCGAAAGUUUUUGAAAGCAAGUUAACAAACAGAUCACCGACCAUUUCGAAUCCCACCGUACCUUCUCCGCUAUGCAAUCCGGUUUCCGAGCUGGUCAUGGGUGCACCUCAGCCACGCUCAAGGUCCUAAAAGAUAUUAUAACCGCGAUCGAUAAUAGACAGUACUGUGCAGCCGUCUUCAUCGACCUGGCCAAGGCUUUCGACUCUGUCAACCACCGCAUUCUUAUUGGCAGACUAAAUAGCCUUGGUUUCUCAAAUGACUGCCUCGCCUGGUUCACCAACUACUUCUCAGAUAGAGUUCAAUGUGUCAAAUCGGAGGGCCUGUUGUCUGGACCUAUGGCAGUCUCUAUGGGGGUGCCACAGGGUUUAAUUCUUGGGCCGACUCUUUUCGCCAUGUAUAUCAAGCUCUUGCUGCUGGUGACUCUCAGAUCCACCUCUACGCAGACGACACCAUUUUGUGUACAUCUGGCCCUUCAUUGGACACUGUGUUAACAAACCUCCAAACGAGCUUCAAUGCCAUACAACACUCCUUCCGUAGCCUCCAACUGCUCUUAAACACUAGUAAAACUAAAUGCAUGCUCUUCAAUCGAAGGCUGCUGGCACCCGCCCACCCGACUAGAAUCACUACUCUCGACGGGUCUGACCUAGAAAAUGUGGACAACUACAAAUACCUAGGUGUCUGGUUAGACUGUAAACUCUCCUUCCAGACUCACAUUAAGCAUCUCCAAUCCAAAGUUAAAUCUAGAAUCAGCUUCCUAUUUCGCAACAAAGCCUCCUUCACUAAUGCUGCCAAACAUGCCCUCGUAAAACUGACUAUCCUACCGAUCCUUGACUUCGGCGAUGUCAUUUACAAAAUAGCCUCCAACACUCUACUCAGCAAAUUGGAUGUAGUCUACCACAGUGCCAUCCGUUUUGUCACCAAAGCCCCAUAUACUACCCACCACUGUGACCUGUACGCUGUUGUUGGCUGGUCCUCACUACAUAUUCGUCGCCAAACCCACUGGCUCCAGGCCAUCUAUAAAUCACUGCUAGGCAAAUCUCCGCCUUAUCUUAGCUCAUUGGUCACCAUAGCAACACCCACUCAUAGUAUGCAUUCCAGCAGGUAUAUCUCACUGGUCAUCCCCAAAGCCAACACCUCCUUUGGCCGCCAUUCCUUCCAGUUCUCUGCUGCCAAUGACUGGAAUGAACUGCAAAAAUCUCUGAAGCUGGAGACUCUUAUCUCCCUCACUAACUUUAAGCAUCAGUUGUCAGAGCACCUUAUCGAUCACUGCACCUGUACACAGCCCUUCUGAAAUUUGCCCACUCAACUACCUCAUCCCCAUAUUGUUAUUUAUUUUGCUCAUUUGCACCCUAGUAUCUCUAUUUACACAUAAUCUCUUGCACAUAUAUAAUUCCAGUGUUAAUAAGAAUUGUAAUUAUUUUGCACUAUGGCCUAUUUAUUGCCUUACCUCCAUAACUUGCUACAUUUGCACACAAUGUAUAUAUAUUUUCUGUGGUAUUUUUGACUUUUUUUUGUUUUACCCCAUAUGUAAUUCUGUGUUGUUGUUUUUAUCGCACUGCUUUGCUUUAUCUUGGCCAGGUCGCAGUUGUAAAUGAGAACUUGUUCUCAACUGGCUUACCUGGUUAAAUAAAGGUUAAAUAAAAAAUGUAUAUAAAAAGAUACCGACCUUGUGCCAUACCAGGAUAUUCCGUAAUACCGGCAUUGAACACAAGGGGCGCUAUUUUCAAACCCUACUUAGCCUCUGUAAUCCGAAGGUUAGCAAUGCUAACAAGUACAUGUAAAAUCCGAUAGGGGAUGCUAACUAAAUGCUAAAAAGUGCAACGCGAACAUUUUAUACAGUCUCUGACCUAAACUAUUUACAGGACAGACAUCCCAGCUCAUAAAGUUUUACAAUUAACUAAAAAUGCUACUCACAGUUUGCUGCACGCACAAAACAAACAUUAGACAGCAAGGCUGUUGAUCCAGGAGGAGAUUCUCUGCUGUUAGGAUUUUGGAAGAAGCUAACCAAUCACUUGGUUAGCUAGAUAGCUAGAUAGCUAACUAGAAACUAAAUUAGCAAACAAAAUGCACAACUGCAGAGCAUUUACCACAUUUUAGACAGUUAACUUAAUAGUUAUAAGAUAUCUAGCUGGCAAACAUUUAGUUGUGAAUUCCAUACUGUAAGUAAAUCACCUGGCGUGUGCUGCACAACAGUGAGUGACUCACAAGGCUCCGGUCACUCGUUGUUGUGUGCUUAUAAAGAAACACCACAUGAUUGGGGAUUACGGGUAAAUUUCAUAAUGAAAGAUUAUGUGGCAGAUUAAAUUAAGAUUGCGAUCUUCUUCAUCACCUAACCUAUAGAAGAAGUUGACUGCAGGGAUUUACUUAAAGUACAGUAGCUACAAAUAUUAACAUUUAUUAAAAAACUUCAAAGACAUAGUUUAAACGGUAUUGACGGUAUUGAAAAACCAUCCUGUAGCUAUUUCCAAAUACCCCGGUAUACGGUAUAUAUGGUAUACCGCCCAAGCCUAUCUCUGGCCUCUUGUCCCUGAGUCAUCCUGAAAAGGUCAAAGGUUCCAUAUCCGUCAUCUAGAGAGCUGUGUGAAUGUGACUGGAGCUGUGUGUGUAUUUACGUAUCCAAGCAGCAAUACAAUGAUCUCACCAGACCUUACAGUAGGCUCUGUAAAUAGAGGUAGCCUGAAAGGUGAUCUUCCACUCAGAGCCCUCCCUGUCUUGGCAGUCUGUGAGCACAUGGCUACACCCAGGCCCUUUCCUGUCUGGAUGGGAAUAUGGAGCAGAAUAGAUCCUCUGAAUCUACACUGAUGUAGUAUAAAUAGAGAUCAUUGUUCUCUCUUCCUGCAUGACAGCGGUUUAUUGUUGCUAUCCAAACGGUAGUCAAGGCAUAUACUGUUUAUACAUUAGAUACUACUGGUAUGAUUCAUUAUUAUGAGUUCAUAUUUUGAGCAUGAGUUCAAAUGAAGUUUAAUUUACUGAGAGGAUACUGUGUUAGUUUGUUCAUAGGGUCAUAGGAUCAGGUUCCAUAUUUGUCUGUGUCAUACCUGUGUCAUACCUGUGUCAUACUGUAUCUCUCCCCAGACAAAGACACCCAGGGAGAAGAGAAGGGGAAGAAGGAAUCCCUCUCAGAUACGGAAGACUCCACACUGGUGAGUUAAUGUUUCAAGUUUCAAAGUUUAUUUGCCACGUGCACAGGUGUAAAACAGUACAGUGAAGUUGUUACUUUGAGAGCUCAUUCCCAACAAUACAGUAAUAGUAAUAAUAAUAUAGAUAAUAAUAGAAAAUAGAACAAAAAACAUAAACAAAUAAAUACAAAUAAAUAAAAAAGAAGUACGAUAUAGGGUGAAGAAACACGAGAAUACUGUACAGAUUAGUGCCUUAUUCCAAAAGUGACUAUUAGUAGGAUAUACUUGGAAACAGGGCUGAAAAGUGACUGGUAGCAAGAAUAUGUAAAUACUUAUGGUAAUAUACUAAUUGUAAUAUAUACAUGUAAACAGGAGUAAUAGUGACCAGUAGCAGAAUAAAUAAAUAGAUAGUAAUGGUCAUAGCAAUCAAUAAUCAAUGAACAGCAGCUUAAUGGUAGUUAUAAAUCUAGUCAAUAAUCAUUAUUUUUAUAUUAUGUUCAUGUUUUUAUGAAUUUACAGUCACAGAUCAAAAGCUCUUGGUACUCUAAUGAUUUGGAACGUAAGUAAAACUCUGACUCCAGUCCCUACAAAUCAGUUAAAGUCACAUAUAGUCUGAUUACUGUAACAUUUUUCAUGACUUAGAGAUAAUUUGUUUCUGGGAAGCGAUUAUCUUAUCGCUGUUCAUGCCAAGCAUUCCCACCUGACCUCACUAAAUAAACCCUUUUUUCAUGUUAUUAGCCUUCACUUUUGGGAAAGUCCGUACAAACAUGACGCACUUCUCGGCCUGACAAGCUGAACUCUGCCUUCUAAAGGUCAGGUGGGCAGAUAUGGGAAAGUUGUGGCCACGCGGUUCACCGUGUGUGUGUGGGUGGGUGUGGGCUCUGCCCUACUCUGUUUAACGAGGAGGAGAGAAAAAUAAAAGAUGACCUCACCGUCUCUUCUCUCCCCUGAGAGGACUGAUAUGAGGGGUGAGAAACAAGCCGUAGAGAGGAAGGCAGAGAUAACACAGUCCCUCUGACAGUAGCUGCAGCAGCAGUGUGAAGAGAGGGAGGAAAGAAGGAAGUGUCUGAUUAGCAGCAGGAUACAUCCACACCAGCAGGCCAGGGCACUGCCCUCCCUCACAGCUCUAGAAGCACACCUCUUCCUAUGGGAAGCCAUAUUGUUUCCUACCGUUGUCAUUCUGUUUCUGACCACCUGGUUCCAAAAGGUGACCUUCUAUUGUAUAGUAGGUGUUAUGUUGUGGGCAGCCAUCCUCUGUGAUUUUCUUUCUGAUUCUCUAUGAUUUUCUUGUGUUGUUUUGUGUGGUGCGGAAUUGUCAGCAUAGUCCACAGGGCCUAUGUGACUGAGAUGAUGUCAUACUGUAUGCUUCAGCCACAAACACGUGGUGUGCCUUCUCUGUCGCAAUCACACCGCAAUCUCACAGUGAUCUUGUCAAUGUCGUUGUUUAGCGUAAACUCUACAGGCAACUUUCUUCUGGUAUGAUAAUUGUCUUUAUGCAAGAAGGAUUGGUGUAGUGUUUAGCUGUGAUUAGUUCUGCAUUUCGCCCCCCUCUUGUGAAUGUGGCUAAGCUGUGCUGCUAUGCUUAUCUGGAGAGUGACAUGUAGACAUGUAGACAUGUAGACAGGUAGACAUGUAGACAGGUAGACAUGUAGACAUGUAGACAUGUAGACAGGUAGACAUGUAGACAGGUAGACAUGUAGACAUGUAGACAUGUAGACAUGUAGACAGGUAGACAUGUAGACAUGUAGACAUGUAGACAGGUAGACAUGUAGACAUGUAGACAGGUAGACAGGUAGACAUGUAGACAUGUAGACAUGUAGACAUGUAGACAUGUAGACAUGUAGACAGGUAGACAUGUAGACAUGUAGACAUGUAGACAGGUAGACAUGUAGACAUGUAGACAGGUAGACAUGUAGACAUGUAGACAGGUAGACAUGUAGACAGGUAGACAUGUAGACUUGUAGACAGGGCCACUAUCACAGCUCUCUCUCUUGGCCAGAAUCUCUCCGCAUUUCAUUGUUAGCCUUUGAGAGGAAUUACACUGUAACUCUGGAGAACUCUGUCUUUUAAGAAGUUCACCAGAUAAAACACAACAGCCAGCCAGCCAGCCAGCCAGCCAGACAGCCAGCCAGCCAGCCAGCCAGCCAGCCAGCCAGCCAGAAGCCUGUGGCAUGGAAACCACAUCGUCUCAGAGGAGAAGAAUGUUCAAAACUUUUUUAUGAAGUUAUUUUUCAACAUACUGAAUCUAGUUUCAGUUAGAGAAUUAGGAAGAAAAGUAGUGUGCUCUCUGAAUAUUUAUCAGAGUCAUACUGGAUGAAACCAAUGCUGUGGGUAAAACAAAGGCGUUAUAGCUUAGUAUGAGGAUCAGAGUACAUCUGAUUUCUAAUGUCAGUUAGAAAAUAGAAACACUGUUUGUAGACAUCAUGAUGUAUACAGUAACUGACUAUGAGACAGCUGAACAUUGGGUGCAGUGCAGGACUCAUUCAUGUCUUCCUAUUAGCAGCUGUUUAAUCUCCAUGCCGAGGCCUGCUCUGCUCAGUGCCCUUCCACCUGAAGCAAAUAUCUGCCAGUGCCAGCCAGUGAGAGUGAAAGCAGAUGCCAUUUCUCAGAUUCUUUCAGUCUAAUUCAGUUUGCUCCAGCAGUGUUCCUCGUUGUUCUGUUGAUGGAAUCAUGUCAUUGGUGUCCGCCUCACUGAUUAUGACAACCUGUCAGAGAGACAACCUGUUAGCUGUUACAGACUGGAGGAGCUGAAUGGAAUAAUAAUUUGAUGCUAACGUUAGUCACCAACAGAAGGCAGUCUAACAUCAACUGGAGCCGCAUUUUGGUCGACAGACUCGGCACCAGAGAUCUGUUUGUACGUGUUUCAUGGCCAAAGUUUUCAACGAUAAAUGGAGAAUGUAUACAAAGAAUGAUAGAAAAACAACGUAGAGCACUACAGUUCAGAAUUAGUAUCGACAUUACAUUGCUAUAAAAUGUGAUGCAGAAUGUUUGGUUAAUUGUUUUGUAUGAUGCAACACAGCUUUUAGUGUCAAUGAGUUUGUGUGAGGUACAGUUGAGUAAUCUUCGUAAAACAGAACUGUGAGUACUGUGGAGGCACAUUUGCGGAGAGCAGCCAGGAAAGGAGGAAGUCCUGAAAGACAGACAGACUGUGCUGCUGCUGCCUGCCAAAACCAUAAUGAAUGUUCCUGCCAGCCCUGUGUGUCCUCAGGCACCCCCUAGUGUUGUGUUCUGGUAUAACUACCUCCCGAUGUGUACUUGGUCUGCUCUCAGCUGCAUUUCAGACAGUUAACAAAAAAAAUACAGAUUAUAUUUAAACAUAUAUUUUCGCCAGAAAGUUUGGUUCAGUAAUAUAUUGCCUGUCUUGCAGAGGUGUGCUUGACAGCCUGCAUUCUAGUCAGGAAUUGUGAUGGUUUAUGAUUUUUUAGUUUUCACAGGUUACCAAACAUAGCAUGAUGAGACUGUUGUAAAUCUGGCACUGUUCCCUACUGCAGUGGAAUGGGCUGCCAGGACACUGUAGGACUUAGUAAGUCCUGAGGCUGCUCAGUGCAUAAAAGGAAUGAUAUUUUCCUCCAUAUUGUUUGGUUUGGGGGAAGCAGGGGGUAGCUAGCGGUGGUGAAUUCUUCAGUGAGAUUCAUCAGUGGAGCUGGACAAACACGUUGAGCCUGUUCAUCGCUCACUGAACCUGACUAGGGUGGGUCUAGCUGUCUGUCUGUGUGUGAGAGAGAGGAGGGGAAUGUCAGUCAUUUAACUAAGUCUUUACACACGUCCCUCUUCUUUCCCAUUCAUCCUUCUCUCUGGUUUCUCUUCCUCUUCCUCUGUAGUUGUACAGCAGGAUAUGAGGACAGACACAACUGUGCAGUUUGUUCCUAUCUCUCUCUACCUAGGUCCUAUUGACUACAGUCCUAUACCAGAUAAGGUCCUAAGCCCAGAGCUCCAUAGGUGCCAUGUACACAGCAGAGCCCCAGUCUCAGACCCUCUGUGUUUGUAUGCAUCAGGGCCUUACAAAGGGCCCUUCACGGUGCUCCCCCUCCCCUCCCCCACCACCACCUCUCUCAACUCACCCUGA